AUGCCACGUGUCAUUCUAAUUCUUCUCGCUGUCUGCGUCUCUCUCACUCUUGCCUCAUUCAUUCCACAAUCUCAAGCUGGAUUGGAAUGUAUUACUUGUGUUGCAACAGUUAAAGGAGUUGAAGCAAAAGUUUUGGGAAAAGGAGAAGAUGUGGCUGAAAAAGAGGUGAAACAAAUAUGUUUGGAAGUUGUGCCAAUGAAAUCAGCUGAACAUUUGUGUGAAGAAUAUGGAGAUAAAGAAGUUGAAGUUAUGGUUGAUUUGAUUAAGAAAGAUGUUCCACCAAAGGAAAUUUGUCAAAAAUUGGGAAAAUGUUAG